GCCCCCCGCCGGGUUUCCAACAACUCCCACCGCGCCAUGGACCGGGACGCCUUGCCCUUCCCGAAGGCCGCGGGCUUCGCGGCUCUUUCGCUGAACGGCGCCAAGGGCGGCGCCACCAAAUACGUCUGCCUGCAGUACCUGAACUACGCACGAUGGACCUCCCAGCAGAACAGCUGCAACUUGUCGCAGUCGCUGCGGAUCAUGGCGAGCCGGCACCUCAAGUCGGCCGAGGGCCGCUGGACGCCGCUGGGCUUCCUUAAGUUCUGGCGCCCCUCGGUGACUCUGCUGAAUGAGACGGUGCAUUGGGGCAUGAAGGUGCCGCUGGCCAUGUGCCUCUACGACCUGCGGGGCGACGGCCUGGGCCCCCACGCGGGGCUCUUCGUGGCCGUGGCCGUCAGCACCGCCGGGGAGGUGGCGCUCACCGGAUGGAGCGAGCGCUUUGGAGUUCACAUGGGCUUGAAGCAGCACAUCCGGAGCUAUGGGGAGUCCUUCCGGAUCGCCAAAGAGGCCCGCGGAAACGCGCUCGCGGGCGCCUGGGCGGGCGCCGGAGGCCUCUGGGUGCGGAACUUUGCGUGGAACUUUGCCUUCUUCGAGUGGAUGAAGCGGUUCCUCCACAACGCGGUGGACCGGAGCCCGGAGAACGCGCCGGCGUGGCUGGAGAGCCAUUUGGCAUGGCUCCGCAGCCUGGAGAAGAAGAACCAGGCGAACGUCCUCACCUUCGAGGCGGCCACCUUAGGCACGUAUUUGACGUUCUUCAACAUGGCCGGGGACAACAUCAAGACGAAAAUGCAGGUGGACCCCGAGCGCUACCCGAGCUUUCGGCGCACCGCCCAAGAGAUCUGGGCCCAGCAUGGGCUGCUGGGCUUCGCACGGGGCAGCCUCUUCAAAGGGAUCUAUCUGAUCCUGGGCUCUACGCUGGCCAUCGGCAUCCAGGAAAGGCUCACCGAGAUCAUGGCGGCGCUGCUGCGCUGAGCGAACCGCGCUGAACCGGGCCUCCGGGCCUUAGGGCCUGAGGCUUCCUUGCAGUUCCUAAAAGUUGCGGAUGUUGGGCCUAGGGGCUACUGGAAAAGCCCAGGAGAAGCCCAAACUUUGCCGUUUAAGGCCAUGCUAUACCUUUGCAACUGACGAAGUGCAUAGCGAGUCUCUAGAGAGUCACUCGAGCUCGUUGGAUUCGGCGCAAAGUCCGCCGAUGGGGUUUUCCAGUUCCGAGUGAGCCGCGCUUGCAAAAGUGGUCAGGAAACGCUCUUGGGUGCUCUGGAUU